AAGAAAUAAAUAAUCAAACGGGAAUAGGCUAUGUUUUUUUGUUUUUUUUUUUUGCUGGCAGAUAACUCCCCGGAUAGAAGCGUAAACACGAAGCAUGAGAGAGUAUGAGAGACGGGCAGAUGACAGGAGCGAGCCCUCUGCAGAUGCUCCCGUAGGCCGGCGGGAAAACGGUGCAACACAGCAAAGCUGUUUCAGGGCGUUGAUGUUCCGACGAGAACCAUUCAGCCUUCACUGUGGGUCAAGACAAUGAAGCUGCACUGAAAUCUGAUUGGAAGAGAAGAAGAAGGAAAAACAAGGCAUAAUAAACCAUAUGGGAUUUGGUGAAUCCGGAGAGCCAACCAGAGCUGGGAAUGGCAUCAUCCACAGCCUUGCCGUUGUGGACUGUGGGUGACAUUUCAAACCUCUCUCUUCUCGGCCACCCGGGAGAGGUGAUGCAGGAUUAAAUCACAUGCCCCGUCAGGACUGAUCACAAACCGGCAGCCACGGAAACCUCAUUCUCUUGAGUUGAGGCGCCCUUGAAUCGUGCCCUGAGGCUUAAGCAGGAGUACACUUUCCCAAGUAAUUUGCUUAUCUCUGCUUAUAGGAAGCACUCUGAUAAACCUCUACAAAAUUAGUGUGUUUCCAGUCAGGGCCUCAGAAAAGACAGAAGACAGAUCACUCGGAAGCUUUUGAAGGAACUUGAAUAAGGUCGCUGCUUUGACUGGGGUGAUGGGCAAUAAAAACACCAGCACACCCAAAUAUACUGAAACAGAGGAGAUGCAAAAAGAAGGAGUGUUCGCCGAUGGUGUCACAGGAGGUGUGUACACAGAUGGUGCACAGGGGCCCAGCCCAGAACUGCUGGUGGCUUUGGAAUCCCUUGGAGACAACAGUGACUACACUGUACUACCACACUCAUUACACCAGAAAAACAUAAAUGAAGGUCUGAGCGACAAUCAGAAGAAGGAGACCUUACAAACCAGCCUCGAUGAGGUCAACUCUCUGGAAAAGACAGAUGGCAACGAAAAGAGAGAACAGAGCGCAAAACAGAAUCUUGAGUCCCCACUGUCCUCACAACACACAGACGAGGAGGAUGGAAGAAAAGACACAUGUGAAGAGGUACAGGAAGUAGAAGAAGUGGAGGAAGAGGGACAGUGUGAGGAGACACCAGAAGAGGAGUUGAAAGUGGAGUGGCCAACAGGAGUAACUCAGGCUUCAGACAAGGACCUGGCCAAACUGUCCCAUACAGAAUGGAACUCUUCCCCAGAUGGUCUUGUCUCCAUUUUGAAGAGGAGGCGAGCAUCACUUGAUGGACUGCCCCCCCCAAACAGCUCUGAUGUGAAACAGAGCUCCAAACGCAAAGUUCGUUUCAGUGAGCCAGAGGACGGCAUAGAGCAAGAUGAGGUGGGCGGAGAUUCCUGCCUUAUCCUGCUACUGCUGUGUCUGGUCACUGUGGUGAUCAGCAUAGGUGGGACUGCACUCUACUGCACCGUGGCGGACACCUACUCAAACAUCUGCACCGACUUUACUCACAACGUCGACUUCUACGUGACGAAUGUACGAGGGUUCAUAGAAGGGCUCGGACACUGGCUGCCACUCAGAACUUAGACCCACUCGUCUGCAUUCCAGGCGCUUUGGACCUUUGUGCUGUAAUGCAUAGAGACUGAAACUUAGAGUCAAUAAGAUGCUGUCUUGACAGGCCAGCAGUAAUCUGAUUCAGCUGGCCAGUUGGCAGAUUAAAGCUUUGUUUUGGUUCAUCUGAACAAAAGCGCUUGCAGGCUUCUUCUCAGUAAGACUUAGGAAAUAAAACGUACUUACUUAAGGUACUUACUUUCAUGUAAUUGCCAAAAUGCGUGAACUACAGAUAUGUUCAGUCUAAUCAACUACACUGGAGUAUGUAGCAUACAUCAAUUUUAGGCCACCAACACAAUGCAAAAAGGUUGGACAGUAAAGCUUUAACACUUUAUUACAUUGUUAUUUUUUUUUCUUCCCUUUUUUACACUUCCCAUGAUGCAUUCUUUGGUGUGUGACAGUAUGCAGUCAUUGUUGACACAUCUUAUCUUUCGAAAGCGGUCUAGUACCUUAUCCUCUGCAGCUCUGAGUUUGUAAUGCGAACAUGGUUUAGUUUAGUAUUUUUCGUUGGGAAAUGAAUAGUUGUUCUCAAACCUCAGUACACUUUUCAGCAUUAAUGCUGCCAUCACAGAUGUGUAAAUGAGCUUUGCCACAAACACCUUAAAUUGAACCUUCCACCAUCCCAGAACAUAGUUUGUGGACUUCUUGCAGGAUUGGCAUUUUUUCCUCGAAUGUCCAAUUCUUCUUAAAAAAAACAAUACAAAAAACAUUGGACUAUUGAUUUUAUCUAAUGACAAUUCACAUUCACUGUGUUUGACCUAGAUAAUGCUUUUGGAUAUAAAGUGAGACUUCUUCUGCUCUAUAAAGAUUUAAAGGCAUUUGUGCAUGUAUACUAGUGCUUAAAAGAGGUUUUCAACUGUCGCCCCCUUCCCAUGAGUUUGAAAGAGCUAUUGAUGAUCUUUGGGGUCAGGGAUUAUACUUGUCAACCUUUUGGCUUGCUCUAUUGCCCCCAAUGCACUGAAAUUCCUCCAGAUUCCUCGAAUAGUUCUAUUACAUGAUUCACUGUAGAAGGAGUAACAUUAUCUGUAAAACAUUUUAUCAUGUUUGCUUCUCAAAAACUCAGCCAUGUAUGACUACAACUUUCGCACCAAAUGAUUGAUAUCUUUUAUUGAUUAUUAGUUUGAUAAUUAUUUCAAAUGUUUUUCCGUUUUUAUUAAAUGUUUUACAAGACAAACAUUAAAUAUCCUUACUUCAUACAUCUUGAAAUGAGAAAAAUAUAUUAUUUAAAACUUUUUUCUUCUUUAAAAGGACCAUGUCUGAAACAACCCCAGCUUCUGAAGUUGUAGUGAACAAGAAGUAGUCCUUUUUUAGUUGUUUCUCAUACAUUUGUAGCAUUUAUACCUGUAGAUUCAUGUUUUUUUAAAACUUUUUUAGAAUCUUUACAGUGACAGUUUGUUUUCAUGUUGAGAAGGUUUGGCAUGAUAUACAAGGUCAUAAAUGGGUUUUAAUAUUAAAAUGGGCCAGAAGAUUAUCUAAAAAAAUCUCAACUGCAUGAGUACACUGUAGAAGUCUGCAUGUUUACCUCAACAUAAAUGGGUACUUCCAACAUUCCUCCUCUCAAAUCUUCUUAGAAUGAUCAGUUCACAAAGAAAAUAAGCAUUUUACUGUCUGUGCCUUAAUAAACGUGACACAGGAUAUUAUUUGUCAGUCUGCACAAAUGUGUAGUCUUUUGUGCAUCCAUCAUAUUGAUAAGUUUGCAAUACAAUGACCCUCUACAUAGUAAAACUCCUGUAUGUGUUUAGUUACCAUAUUUAACCCCACUCUGUUAAUUCUAUUUUGUUAAUUCAAUUUGUGUUUCUUUUAGUUUUUUGCCUUGAGAAGGAAGAUGUAUAUGUGUGUGACUGCAGAGCUUUGUUGACCAACAGCAUUUCUUAGGUGCUUCAAUUAAAGCAACAAAAAAUAAGGCUGUAAACAGAAGCUGUAUUUAUAUGAGAUUGUGAAAAUUAAACCUGACCAGCAUGCUUCUUUAGCUUUUUUAUUUAGACUGAAUUUUCAGUUUUUCACUGAACUUCAGAUGUGUACAAAGCAACAAAUAUUACCUCUGUAUUUUCAUUGUGGAAAUUGUUUACCAACUGUUUGUAUUUUGCAAUAUGCAGUCUUUAUGUGUUUCUAUAUUUUGUUAUCUUGUGUCCACAAGUACAAAGUGUCGGUGUGAUUACUCUGUACAGGUUUGACCUGAAAUGUUGCAUCACAUUUAGUGUAAAAAUCUAAAAAAUAAA